UCUCUUACACAUCCUCACCUACACCAGUGACCAAAGGGACUGAUACCGGAGACCUUGCAAGUCUCAAAACACGAGGAGGACCGUCCAGAACCGCCCCCACCAAACACGAUCCUUCCCUUCGGCUCAGCUCCAAGGCUUUUGGGUUUGGGGAACUAGACAGAACACCGGGAGAUAAUCACAGAAAGCGAAACAACCCCGGCAUCCAGGGAGGGGGCGGUUUCUCCGUCCCGUUACCGCCCUCCACCCUCACUCUGUCGGGCUCCCCAGCCAGGCCCGCCCGGGCCGGGCCGGGGCAGCAGCGGGCGGUGCCGGGGCCUUCUCCCGGCGCUGCGCAGAGGCGGAAGUGGCGGCGCCGAGGCCGGAGGCGGCUGAAGGGUGUGAAGAUGGCAGGCAGCUCCACUCCUUGGGUUGGCAGUGCUUAUCUCUUUCUCCAGUCCACGUGCAAGACCAUUGUUCUGCCUUCUCUCUACGAAAGCUCCCAGAAGAAACCUGGAGUGUUCAAGGCCCUGAAGCUGGCAUUAGCAGACUCCACUGGAAGUGUGAAUGGUGUGGACAUGCUCAAAGUGCACUGCAGCCACCCACACCUCAUCAUCCAGCUCAAGUUCUGCAAGCAGGAGAACUGCAGGAGGUUUCUGCAGAGUUACCGGGAAGGAAGGCUCCAGGAAUCCCUCCAGAAUCACCUCCAGCUCUCCUUAGCCAUGACCACAGUGCCUCUUGAGAUGGAGCUGAAGGCUGGCAAGGAGCACCUCGACAGCAUGCUGAAGGAUGAGGAUCACUGCCUGGAGUGCAUCUACAGAGAGAAGCCUGAUCGCCUGCGGGAUGAGGAGAUCACAGAACUGGAGGAAUAUUUCAAGAGCCUGAUUGUUCACCAGAGCAUCAACAACAACGUGGCUGUAAAGGACUCUGUGUCUCUGAACUCCCCAUCUCUACCUCAUCCUUCUCAGGGCAACUCUCAUUCCCCACAAGCCACCUUCACCUUUCAGGGACAGCAGUUUGCCAACAGAAUGCUGACAACAGACGACCACCAGAAGUUUGCCAAGCUGGUCUCCAAGAAGUGGAAGCAAGUGGGUCGCUCUCUGCAGAAGAGUUGCCGGGCCCUGCGUGAUCCUGUCAUUGAUAACCUGGCCCUUGAAUAUGACAGAGAGGGACUCUAUGAACAAGCCUAUCAGAUGCUCCUCAGAUUUAUCCAGUCCGAGGGGAAGAAGGCCACAAUAGUGAGGCUCAUCGUGGCCCUGGAAGAAAAUGGUCUCAUCAGCUUGGCUGAGGAGCUCUUGGGCCUCCAUUCCAAUGAGGACUGCUCCUAGAGCCUUAUGAGCAGUGGUGUUGCUAAGGGCUUUCUUGCUUUAGCUUUGUCUGAGACUGCUGCACAGUGCCUGGGAAUGUAAAAUCCUGAAAAUCACUGCAGGUUUCCAUGUAGAUGGGAAUGCCCUGGGAAGAGGUUCUGUGCCUUAUUUCAUUCUGUUUGCGGAAGUCAGUGUGAUCCUCCUGUGAACUGAUGGGAGAGGCCUUCAGCCUGACUUCCUACAGGACUGAAAUUUCACAGGGAAGCAACCAGAGACUUAGAGAGCCCAGAGGGAGGGAGAGCAAGAGGAGAAAAGCAAGGAAGGACUCUCAGAGAAUUUCUCUGUGAAGCAGAUGAUGCCACUGUUUCUCAGGAUGCAGCCCAGGGCCAUCACCUGGAGAGCUGCAAUAUAUUUUUUUUAGUUGAAAACAUUUAUACCCUCAGGCAUGAAACCAAGCAAAGAGAGAGGGGGCAAUUAAGGAAAAGUAAAUUUUGCAUUGUUUUUCUUCUUCAUUCUUCAAACUAGGAACAUCUUUGGCAAGUGCAUCUGUCUUGCCCUACCUUGGUUUAUCUUCUCUCCACCUCUCACCACCUGGAGGCUUCCCUAUUACCUGGGACAGUCAUAAUCUUCCAGAGGGCACCAGAUUGCUGCUGUAGAACAUAUUUCAGGCACUGAACAAGCAACGUGGACAAAGACAAAAUUCAGAGAGUGAUUCCCAACUUUUUCUGGAGCAUGGUGGACAAUAAUGCAGACUGUAUCAUGCUUAGCUCUUUUCCACCAACCCAAGGGAGCCCACACCUGUGAAAAGCAGAACAUGGUGCUGGAAAGAAAAGAGUCUCCUAGGCAGCAAGUUCCCUUUGGAGUGCAGAAGUGCUCUCAGGUGUCUCACAGCACCAAACACCAUCCUGACUGCAGCCCACAGAUCUGAGCAGCCACCUCUGCCCAGCCUCUGCUUGUGCCUUCACUCUCA